AUGGAGGAUUUAAGUAUCCUAAAGAAGCAAGAACGCCAGCUGCGAGCUUCCAUCAAGGGAGUGGCUAAUUUUGUACGCGAUUUUAAACCAGAGCUUCACGAGAGUCAAGUAGAAGUCAGAUUGGGUCUGUUGGAGUCGACUAUGAAGAAGUACUACCUGGUGAGACAGAAGAUGGAAGUGUUGUUGGACACAGCUGACAGCGAUGGUGCUGAAGAGGAUGUCAAGGAGUCAGAGGCAACAAAGAAACGUCGAUUGCAGAAGCAGGCUGCAGAUCGUGAAGAGAAAUUCGACGCAGAAACGAUAGCAGUCGAAGAGCAGUACUGCACCCUGAAGGCAUCACUCCUUGCGUUGCGUCCGAGAAAGGUUGAGUCCUCGAGUGCGUCUGGGUCUGCAGAAAGAGUUGAAGCAAUAUCCCGUGUUAAGCUUCCGGACAUCAAGCUGCCAGUCUUCAACGGAAAACUUCGGGACUGGAUUCCGUUCCGGGAUAUGUUCGAUAGCCUGAUUCACAACAACACUCAGCUCUCCGACAUCGAUAAGUUCACAUACCUGCGGUCAGCAAUUAGUGGAGAAGCAUUACAGGAGAUCAGCUCGAUCGAACUUUCAGCUGACAACUACCAGGUAGCCUGCGACAUGUUAGAGAAGAGGUACGAGAACAAAAAGUUGAUCGUAAAAGCGUACUUGGACGCUCUUUUUGCUAUCGAACCUCUCAAAAGGGAAAGCGGAGAAGCUCUGAACCGCCUUGUCAGCGAUUUUGAUCGCAACAUCCAGAUGCUGGGCAAGAUCGGCGAAGAUACGGAGAAGUGGUCGACUAUUCUCGCGUAUAUGGUGUGUACUCGUCUGGAUUCGGUCACACUUCGUCAAUGGGAGAGUCAUCACAACUCAAAGGAUGUGCCGACGUAUCAGAAUGUAAUGGACUUCCUGAGAGACCAGGCGUUGGUUUUGCAAUCAGUUGCACCCAGUAGGCAUGAGGACAUCGAUAGUCGUCGCCAGCGUACAACAGUGUACGCCACGUCGAGAUUCCAGAACAACUGUGUGUUCUGUGGAAAUUCGUUCCAUCCAGCUUCUGCGUGCAGCAAGUUUCGAGCAAUGUCGGUGCCCCAGCGCUUCAGAGUUGUCAAGAUGAAGCGGCUCUGCCUGAAUUGUUUGGGUUCUGGUCAUUUUAUUGAUCGUUGUACCAAGGGAUCAUGUCGCGAGUGCAACAAAAAACACCAUUCGAUGUUGCAUAACAGUUUUUCGAGUCAGAGCUCCGUUUCACAAAACCAGUCGACAGUCAACAGUCAAUCGUUUCAUAAUGAAAAUCUUCCAGGACCUUCUGGGCAAGGUCAUGAACACAAUUUGAUAAGACAGGAUCAACAAAGUCAAACUUCGUACACAAAUCCUCAAGCACAAGAGAAUUCCACUAAUUCCUACCCUAUAAUACAAACACGUAUUCGCCACACUCAACCACAACACACCACAGACAAUUCUUUUACGUUUAAUGCGGCACCAAGGCCGGAUUGUGCUAAAUAUCGUUCACCUAGAGUUUUGAUGUCAACCGCUGUAGUGCGGGUUGAAGAUCGUUUUGUUCCGCUCAAUGGAAUCAAGAUUCCUCAUGGUUUGGUAUUGGCAGACCCUGAGUUUUGGAACCCGGGUCCGAUAGAUAUGAUUAUUGGGGCAGAAUAUUUCUGCGAUUUGGUGCGCUCAGGCAAGUGUCAAGUUUCGAAAGAAGGUCCAACUCUGCAAGAAACCGAGUUUGGAUGGGUUGUUUCCGGGAGAAUUCCGGAUUGUUCCUUUGAAACUGUUGCGUAA